CCAAACCAUCAAAUCCCAAUAAAUCCCACAAAACCAAGAUGGCACGCAUAUUCAUCACCGGUUCCUCAGACGGCAUCGGCCACAACCUCGCCAAAUCCCUUAUCUCCCAAGGCCACAGCGUGACCCUGCACGCCCGCAGCGCCGAGCGCGCCAAAGAAACCCUCUCAAAAACACCCGGCGCAUCUAAUAUCCUCAUAGCGGAUCUCAGCAGUAUAUCUCAAACAAAACAGCUCGCAGCCGAAGCUAACAAAUCGGGUGUCUUUGAUGCCGUUGUGCAUAAUGCUGGGGUUGGAUAUGGACCGGGAUUUAGGAAGACGGACGAUGGGAUUGCUCAGCUUUUUGCAGUGAAUGUGUUGGCGCCGUAUAUUCUGACUUGCAGACCGAAGAGGUUGGUUUAUGUUAGUUCUGGACUGCAUAGGGGCGGGGAUGUGAGUUUGGUGGAUGUAGGGUGGAAGGAGAAAAAGUGGGAUGGGUUUCAGGCUUAUGGUGAUUCAAAAUUGAUGGAUCUCAUUCUCGCGCUGGCAGUUGCACGACACUGGCCUGAAGUGUCUAGCAACGCAGUUUCACCAGGUUGGGUGAAGACUAAGAUGGGUGGUGCUUCAGCACCAGAUUCUUUGAAGAAGGCGGACGAUAUGUUAUCAUGGCUUACUACUGGUGACCAGAAAGAUAUUGGGAGUGGGAAAUACUACGCGGCUCAAGGUGGUAGAGAAGGGCCUCAUCCUCGAGCCAAUGAUGAAGGUGUCCAAGAGGAGUUCUUAAGGAUUUGUGAAGAAUUUUCGGGUGUGGGGUUACCGAAGUGAAAAAUUGGGCUCGUUGUAGACAAUUAAGUUAUGUUUGUUUUAUAUUUUCUUAG